CUACCUGCCACCAUUAUGAACAUCCGCAGUGCUCGGCCAGACGACCUGGUGAAACUGCAGCCCUGCAACUUCCUUUGCCUUCCGGAGAACUACCAGAUGAAAUACUAUUUCUACCAUGGCCUUUCCUGACCCCAUCUCUCUUACAUCGCUGAGGAUGAGGACGGAAGAUUUGGGCUACGUCUGGCCAAAAUGGAGGAGGACCCAGAUGAUGUCCCCCACGGACAUAUCACCUCCCUGGCUGUGAAGCGUUCACACCGGCGCCUCGGCCUGGCCCAGAAGCUGAUGGACCAGGCCUCCCGGGCCAUGAUGGAGAACUUUAAUGACAAGUAUGUGUCCCUGCACGUCAGGAAGAGUAACUGGGCAGCCUUGCACCUCUAUUCUAACGCUCUCAACCUUCACGUUAGUGAGGUGGAACCCAAAUACUCUGCAGAUGGAGAAGAUGCUUAUGCUAUGAAGCCGGGUCUGUCACAGAUGGCAGAUGAGCUGAGGAGGUAGCUGGAGCUGAAGGAGAAGGGCAGGUAUGUUGUGCUGGGCUCCAGGGAGAACCAGGAGGUCCAGGGCAGUACACUUCCUGGUUCUGAAGAGGCCUGUCAAUAGAAGAACCCGUCCGCUGAUGAUAGUGGCAGUGACAGCAAGGAAUCCAGCGAAUCCACGGAAAGCCCCCAUGCCCAGGACAGCUCAGAAGACUCACACUCCACCUCCUAG